AUGUCGCUCCUACGUACUUCUGCUCCCCGAUCCCUCCUCGCAUCGGCACGACCCAUUAUGAACAUCUCUGUUCGCACUUAUGCUGGUGGACCAGGAGGGUCGGACACAGGUGCCACUGCCAGCUCGACUGGUUUCAAGAACCGUGAGCAGGGUCAAGAGAAGGAGUACAUUGUCCGUGCCGAGCAGGACAAGCUCAAGAAGUUGCGUGAGCAGCUAGCAAAGCAGCGAAAGCACCUCGAUGAUGUAGAGACGGCCAUCAAUGAUCUGCAUGGAGAGAGUGGUAACAAGAAGCAGUAG